AUGGAGACAACAAAGAAAUCAAAGAGUUCAUCGACAAAGAAGUCAGAGAGACUCAAGCAACAACAACAACAACAACAGAUGAGCUCACCUGAUCUUGGAAAUGAUGAAGAGCAACAGCAACAACAACAACAACAAGAGGAGGACGUUAAUAUGAGCGAGCCAAUGCAACCUACACAAUCACCACCUCCACCACAACCAAAGGAGAAGAAGAAGAAGGCAAAGGCAUCAAAGUCUACAACCUCUUCCCAAACAUCGGUCGAUGAUGAUGUCGUUGCCCAGCCCCCUAGGACCCCAACCGCCCCACUGAGGACUCCACAGCGCACACCUGCUCCUCAACAACCACAGACACCAUUGAGUCGCCUGCUCACCCCCAGCCAAGGCACGCCAAUGACCCCAUCGAGGUCCAGCCUCACCCGUCUCAGAGAGAGAGAGGACAUUGCUGAUCUCACCCAGAAACUGGCCCCCAUCGCCGGUGCCUUCCACCAGACCGCUCUGGACUACCAGCGCAAGCUCACUGAUCUCUCCGAUCAGUUGAAGGGCAAGGACAACGAGCUGGCCAACCUGCGUGCCAAGUUGGCCGAAAGCGAGAAGUCAUUCCAGACCGAGAACAACCGCCUGGAGGAGGCCACCGAGAAUCUCGAGAGCACACAACUCAAUCUGAAGCGCGUGGAGGAGCAGCUGCUAAACGAGCGCAACCAUCACCAGCAUAGACUCGAUGAGGCGAUAGAGAAAAUCACUCUCCAGCAGAGCACCCUCCAGGCCUCACUCACCAGCGAGGUACACAAACUCCGCAAUGAGUUGGACAUUGUCAAGGCUAACAACAGCCGACUCGAAUCAGACCUUGCCACCAAGGAGAGCAGUGCCGCCGAGAAGACACAGAAGUUGCUUGGAGCCGAGUAUGAGAGAAUGAAGGGCAAGCAAGAGGAGCUACGCACCACAAUCAAACACAGAGAGAACGACAUCAGAAGAUUGAAAGAGGAGAUCCUUGUCAAGGACAAACAAUUGUCAGAUGCUCGCACUACAGAAGCCGAACAUAAACAAACAAUUGAAUCACAUGAGAGGAGGAUAGAGGACAUUAUGGAGUCCCAAGGUAGGGACUUGGAGCAAUUGCUGGCGGCAGAGAUGGGCAAUCAGAGUGCCCGCAUCAUGGAGCUCGAGUCACUCAUUCACUCCAACGAUAUUGACAAGGAUGAACUGCGCAGUCAGCUCAACGUCCUCCAGGACCAACAGACCGACAUCUCAGUAAAGAACCAUGAGCUGGAGGACCAGAUCCAUCACCUCACCACCCAGCUGCGUCAGAAGGACGAGAGUCUUGCCAAGGCCGUGUCGGACAAUGCCGAGCAAAGGAAGGAGAAUGUACGUCUACAGGCUGAGAUCAGCACCAAAGACCUCAAGAUCAACAUGCUGCAUAAGGACGUGCACAACAAAGAGUUGCGCAACAGCAAGGCACAGGAACAGAUCGCCGACCUCAGCACACAGGUCCAGAUGAUCACCAGUAUUCACGUUUCCGAGCCAGAAGUCCCACUGACAAAUGUGAUCCAGCACCUGAGGGAUGCCAUCCAGAACAUUGAGACACAGGUGUACAAGAAACCUAGAAAUGAAGAUGAUUAUCAAUUUGGUGGAAUGCCUGUGCAGCAGAAUGAGAUGCACGAGCAGCAGCACGAGCAGCAACAGGUUCAAGGCGACCAGGAGAUGGAGGCACCACCCGUGGAGCCAUCUGCGUCAAUCAAUUCAGUAGACGUUGAGAGUGGACUGAUUCAGUUGAAGCUAGUCAAUAUGUCGAUUGCCGACUGGAAGUUGAUCGUGCACCCAGCUGUCGGAGACAAGCGUGGAUUCCACAUUAAGGCCAGCACGGAGCCAAGCACCCACUUGGUCAACGUUUGGGUUGGACGCUCACGUCUUCAGAAUGACGAGCAACUGCCAUUCCAAAACACCGAGCUCUAUUGGGAUCGCAAGAAUGUUUGGGGUUCAGUCACCGAAGGAACCAAGAUCUUCCUUCUCACAGAGACUGGUGCGGAGGUUGAAGUGAUCACCUUGCCAAAGGAUGGCAAAUACACACCAAAUAAUGGCUCAUCCAACUGUUUAAUUAUGUAA